AUGAGAGCUCUGAAUUCCCAUUUUGUUUUGAUUGAUUUGCACAGUUCAUGGUGCUCAGCUAAGCAGAUCCCCAUUUCAACCUUUGGGUAUCUGAGAGACUGCAAAUUGACAGCUCCUACGUUCUCAGCAGCGUUUCGUCGAACACGUGGUAGACGUGGGGAGAUAUCGUCUUCUGGGGCCCCGGUGCCGGAGGUUCGGUCUCCUGAGAUUCGACGGCCGAGAAAUUGGUCAAAUUCGAGAAAUGGGCUGUCAUCAGUUUCCUCGAAUGUGGCUUCCACGUCGAGUUCGAGUUCGAAGGAGAAUGAGGUGGUCACAGACCUGGAGUUGUUUCUUGAAAUAAUGCCUUUGAGAAUGAGGCAAGAGCUGCUUAGGCAUAAGGAUAUUGAGGAGCUAAUUGAGGUAGUUAUGGACUUGGGAAGGAAGCCACUUGCACGAUUUCCAUAUGGUGAUUGGGUGAUCUCAAAGCAGCCCGUGAAGCUUGAGGAUCUCCACGAUGCAGUUUCAAAAGUUGGGGAGUUCUCUGAUGACAACCGCUCUGGUAUUGAUCACUCCCUGCAUCGUAUAAGUGCCAUUCGAAAUCGCAAAAUGCAGAUCAUUGGCCUUACAUGUCGGAUGGGGCGUGCUGUAUCUGGAAGUGCUGAAAUCAUACGAGAUUUAGUUGAAGGAGGCGGCUCCAUAUUGGUUAUAGGGCCUCCUGGAGUUGGUAAAACAACUUUAAUCAGAGAGAUUGCCAGAAUGCUGGCUGAUGACCAGAAGAAACGUGUAGUUAUUGUUGAUACGUCAAAUGAAAUAGGAGGUGACGGGGAUGUACCUCAUUCUGGUAUAGGUCGCUCUAGAAGGAUGCAAGUUCCAAAUGUUCAUAUGCAGCAUAAUGUAAUGAUUGAAGCAGUUGAGAAUCACAUGCCUCAAACCAUUAUAAUUGAUGAAAUUGGAACAGAGCCAGAAGCAAUGGCUGCUAGUACAAUUGCUCAGAGAGGAGUGCAGCUUGUUGCUACAGCACAUGGCAUAACUAUAGAGAACAUCAUGAAAAAUCCCUCUUUGCAGAUCCUUGUUGGUGGCAUAGAGAGUGUCACUCUUGGUGAUGAGGAAGCAAGAAAAAGGAAAGUGCAGAAAACAAUUCUUGAGCGGAAAGGACCUCCUACAUUUACAUGUGCUGUUGAGAUGAUAUCAAGAACUGAAUGUCGAGUCCAUCAUAGACUGGAUUCAACUGUGGAUGCCAUACUAGCAGGGAAAUCACCACUAUUUGAAGUCCGCCAAUUAGAUCCGGAAGCUAAUAGUUCGUUGAAAUCUACUCAAACUACUGAAAAAGAACUCGUUGAUGACCCAAAAGUGACAAAUAAUGAAAAUAGAGAAACUAUAAUAGAGUCUGGUACGGAAGAUGAGGAGUGCUGUUCUAAGCCCAAGAAAGUGGGCACAAACGGGUCUCUAAGCACUAGGAGCGACCCAUCGUAUGUUUACACUUACAAGAUCCAAGAAGCUGAUUUGUUACAAGUAGCAGCUGUAAUGGGGCUUGAGGAUGAAAUAGAUGUAACCGAUGAUAUUGGUUCUGCAAAUGCUAUUCUAACAUCUAGUUCCGAAAUGAAACAAAAUCCUUGGAUCCGCAGUGUGGCAAAGUUUCACCAUUUGCCUGUAUUUGUUAUUAAGUCAAAUACACUGGCAAAUAUGGUGAAGGCAAUUCGUGUGAUUCUUGGAAUGGACUCAUUUGGCUCUUUACAAAAGCAAUCAAACAAAAGUUUUUUCAAUAUUGAGAUUGAAGAUGAUGCAACAAAAAGAGAACCAUCUCUGGAGGAGAUUGAUGCCUUGGAGGAAGUUCGACUUGCAAUUGAAUACAUUGUGAUACCGGGUGGUGAGGCUGUGGAACUUCUACCAAGGCGCUCCGAGAUAGUAGCUCGACAACUUGAGUUGGUUGAGAGUUAUCAGUUGGCUGCAGAGAAUUCGGGGACUGAAUCAAACCCCCGUCUGCAAAUCCUUCCUAAAAAAUUAAGCAAAAGAACAACAACAAAACAUUCCAAAUCUAGUUCAAAUUUCCUUGACAAUAGGGGUACAGGUGUUUUUCGACUACCAGUUCUGCCUGAAUAA